AUGACACGCGGGCUCGCACACCGUGGGUCCCACGAGGUCGCAGAGCGUGUCUGGUGCAAGCGACGUGUCCCGAAACCCACGCCGCCUUCCAUAUAUAAAACCCCCUAUCCAUCCCUCUCUCCCUCGGCUCAGUCUCGUCUCCUCCAGGAGGAAAACCAAAAGCGAAAGGGGAGGGGAGGAAAAAAAAUAAGUCAGUACCACUCGCUCGCUCCGCAGCCGCGGCGCACGCACGCAAAUCUCGCGCACGGGUUUGGGGGGCGCUCGAUCCGCGCGGAGGAAACCCUAGGCGGUGGAUUCGGGAUGUCGUCGCCGAGGAACGAUGGUGGGUUCCUGACGCAGGAGCAGCGGGAGAAGCUGCGGAUCGCGGUGCAGAACGCCGAGACGCUCUCGCUCACGUCGCCGCGCUCGCCCACGGGGAGCACCACCUCCGCGCUGCUGCAGCAGUACGAGCUGCACCAGCAGCAGGUGCGCGCCGCUGCCGCCGCCGCGAGGGGAGGCGGGGGCGGGGGCGGAGCUGGGGCGAGGCACGCGCGACGGUCGCAUUCCGGGAAGGCCGUCAAGCUUAAGAAAGAUGGUGCUGGUGGCAAAGGCACCUGGGGAAGACUUAUCGACGCUGAUACAGCCACAUUCCUUGACCGAAAUGAUCCAAACUAUGAUAGCGAUGAGGAGCCAUAUGAAUUAAUUGAAGCCCCUGCUACAACCCCACUAGAGGACUACAAGAAAUCUUUUGUCACGAUCAUUGAGGAAUAUUUCAGCACUGGUGAUGUGAAGCAGACAGGUUCUGAUCUUAAAGAGCUGGGUUAUGAUGACUUCCACCGCUACUUUGUCAAGAAGCUUGUUUCCAUGGCAAUGGACAGACAUGACAAGGAGAAAGAGAUGGUGUCAGUGCUGUUAUCAUCUCUGUAUGGUGAUGGGCUCAGUUCAACUCAAAUCAAACUAGGGUUUGUGAUGCUGCUACAAGCUGUUGAUGAUUUGGCUGUUGACAUACCUGAUGCAGUUGAUGUUCUUGCUCUUUUCAUUGCACGAGCAGUUGUAGAUGACAUUCUUCCACCUGCUUUUCUCAACAAGGCAAAAGGAAGCCUGACAGAGUCUUCAAAGGGCUUGCAAGUUUUACAAAUUGCAGCAAAGAGCUAUCUUUCAGCACCCCACCAUGCAGAGUUACUUGAGCGACGCUGGGGUGGUUCAACUCACAUCACAGUGGAGGAGGUAAAGAGGAGGAUUACUGAUCUUCUAAAGGAAUAUAUUAAGAAUGGUGAUACAGCGGAGGCGUGUAGGUGCAUAAGAGAGUUGGCUGUGCCAUUUUUCCACCAUGAGGUCGUGAAACGUGCUGUCACCCUUGGAAUGGAAAGUCCAGCUGCAGAAACCCUUAUUGUCAAGCUUCUGAAGGAGGCAUCUGAAGAAGGUUUGAUAAGCUCUAGUCAGAUGGUGAAGGGUUUCUCCCGUAUUGUUGAGAGUCUUGAUGAUCUCUCCCUUGAUAUACCAUCCGCAAAAUCUCAAUUCCAGACAUUGGUAUCGAAAGCAGUUUCCGAGGGUUGGCUUGACUCUUCGUAUGAAUCUUCAGGUGCUAACGGCAGUGUCCAAGAUGAUGACCAUGAGAAGCUGAGGAGGUACAAGAGGGAGGCUGUGUCUAUGAUACAUGAGUACUUCCUUUCUGAUGAUAUACCAGAGCUUAUUCGCACACUCAAAGAACUUGGUUUACCAGAGUACAACCCGGUCUUUAUCAAGAAACUGAUAACAAUUGCCAUGGAUCGCAAGAACAGGGAGAAAGAGAUGGCAUCCGUUCUCCUAUCCUCAUUAAGCAUGGAGCUAUUCUCCAGUGAAGACAUCGUCAAGGGAUUCAUAAUGCUUCUUGAAUCUGCAGAAGAUACUGCACUGGACAUAUUGGAUGCCUCAGAUGAGCUGGGACUGUUCCUAGCGAGGGCAGUGAUCGAUGAUGUGCUUGCGCCUCUGAACUUAGAUGAGAUUGGCAGCAUCCUUCCACCAAGCUGCAGUGGGGCUGAAACAUUGAACAUGGCGCGCUCGCUUGCCUCCGCCCGCCACUCAGGAGAGAGGCUACUGAGAUGCUGGGGCGGCGGGACAGGAUGGGCCGUGGAGGACGCCAAGGACAAGAUAACAAAGCUCCUGGAGGAGUACGAGAGCGGAGGCGAUGUAGGAGAAGCAUGCAAGUGCAUCCGUGAGAUGGGCAUGCCUUUCUUCAAUCACGAGGUGGUCAAGAAGGCGCUGGUCAUGGCAAUGGAGAAGAAGAAAGAGUGCAUGCUUGCUCUGCUGCACGAGUGCUUUGGCGAAGGGAUCAUAACCAUCAACCAGAUGACCAAGGGGUUCUCGAGGGUCAGGGACGGGCUUGACGAUCUGGCUCUCGACAUACCUGAUGCCAGGGAGAAGUUCCUCUCCUACGUGGAGUAUGGGAAGAAGAACGGAUGGCUCGUACCCUCUUUCGGCGUUGCUGCUUCGACUUGA